AUGAUGCUAGCCGGAUCCAAACACUGGGCCCUGUUCCAGGCCAUCUCUCCCCUCUUUACUUCCGACAUACCCUGGUCCUCAGCAGGGCGGAGCGAUGCGGAGACUACUGCUGUCCAGGAAGCCGGGGCCUUGUUAAGGGCCCAUAUCAGCGAAAUACCCUUCCAUGUUCCGCAAGAUGCUGCGUUCUCCGACCAUACUCUAUCCGAUUUUACAACAGCCCUAGAAUCUUUGCUCUUAGCACUUGAAGCUUUAGUCCAGCCGAGCGUUCUCGAUGACGCGGCUGCUCUUGGGGAGAGGGCUGUCUUGCUCAAGGCCACUCGCUCAUUCGCUGAGGGCUCCUUGGAGGACGCCUUCUUUCACCUGAAGGCUUCGCCCAAUCCUGCAACCGGUGGUUCCUCCACGGAAAUGGAUCUAUUAUUGGCAUUAUGCCCUAAGGGGAACCCUUGGCAAGAGAUUCGGUUUACUGUUCCCAACCAUACCGGUUCAAUUCCGGCUGCGAUGGCCGAAUCUCACGAGCGACUUAUCGAGGACGUCUGCCAAGUUGCCCGCGAGGCAUACGAAUGCCAGCAAGCUGUGAGCAUAUACGUCCACGACAACAAACUGCACGACACAUCUGAUUUCGACGAGGAGCCGAGCAACCCAGAAGCGGAACACACAAUAUCUCUUUCUUCCCUCCUAGACGAUCAGGUCUUGCGGGACCGCUUCAAGUUUCCGCUUGUUCACAAGAGAAUUCUAGCCCUAACUCUCGCUCGAAGUCUAUUAAACCUUUACGAGGGGCCAUGGAUACAGACGGACUGGUCUGCCGAGCAUGUUCUCUUUGCAUAUGGCACUGAUAGGAAGCGCGUUUACGAUAUCCACCAGCCAUAUUUACCUUGUACACUCUCAUCGGAGCAUGAAUACCAAUCAACAGUUAGCGAUCCUCUACACAAUAACCCAUUGAUCCUCUCUUUCGGGAGACUGCUCAUGGAAAUGGAUAAAGGGGAACGUAUCGCGAUCACAAAAACCGUGAGAUCAAAGCCGAGCCUCUACCGAACACUCGUGGCCGAAUUAGAUGACUGGGGCAAGGAGCUUCUAACUUCAUACUACACCCAAGCUGUUGAGGGAUGUUUGAAGUUUCCGAAAUGGCUCCAGGCGAACCGGGGCAUGAGCCGGGAGCUUGCCUACCGCAAAGCCAUCUUAGAGAAGAUUCUGCAUCCCCUGGAGCUUGAAGUUAGCACGUUUCCAAAUCAAGGAGCAGAUACGGGCCUGGAUGACGGUGAUAUCCGAAUCCGUGCUCUGAAACGAGGCAUAAGGGACGGCUGCCGGAAGAGGGAGAACAUAAGCUACAGAGACCCUGUCCGGGAGAAGCGAAAUUUUGUCGCCGGUAGUCCUGAACACGACGAAGACGGCCAUGGAACCCACGUCAUCGGACUGCUGCUUACCCUUGCGCCGGAGGCAGACUUGUACGUUGGCAAGAUCACCCGAGGAAAGAAGUGCGAGAACCAGGACCAGGGGAUGGCUGCGGUAAGCAUUUUGCAUUGGAUCCUCAUGCGUGGUUACGCCUCGAACGACGUACUAAUUGUUCUCUCCUAUAAGGCGCUGAGGUGGGCCGUUGAUGAGGUUAAAGCGGAUAUUAUAUCCAUGUCGUUUGGAUUCGAGGAUGAUUCAGGCUGGGAUGACGAUAUGGAUGAAGCGAUUAAGCAUUCCUUUACGGCCGGUAGGAUCGCAUUCGCUGCUGCAUCAAACUACGGUGGGAAUUCAUGUAGAACGUAUCCAGCCAAGGCCGGAACGGUUUUCUGCAUUCACGCGUCAGACGGUCACGGCAACCCGAGCGGACUAGAUCCCACACCGAUACGCGGCGACUACAAUUUUAGUACUCUUGGAGUGGCCGUGCCAUGUGGCCAUACGGGAGACAGGGAGAUCUUCAAGACGGGCACGUCGUACGCCACGCCGGUCGCUGCAGGCCUUGCUGCUAACAUCAUAGACCUCGCGGACUGGUUGGCGGCGGCCGGAGAGCUGACCUCCGCCCAAAAGAAGAAGCUGCGCUCAUACGAAGGCAUGAGGAACAUUUUUAAGCUCAUGGCCCCCAGCCGUCGACAAGACUACGAUUAUGUCGCGCCUUGGAACCUGUGGAACGGGAAAGUAGAGGAAAAAAUAAUAUGGGGCAAAAUUAGAGAGAAACUCUCUUAA